AUGUGGCUCUACCUGGCUGUCCUCUUGGGGCUCUACUUCCUUCGCAGAUGGUACCGGGAGAAACAGACUGUGGAGAACCUCAGGGAGAAAUUUGUCUUCAUCACCGGCUGUGAUUCCGGCUUUGGGAACCAGCUGGCCAGGCAGCUGGAUCUCCAGGGCCUGCAUGUGUUGGCGGCCUGUCUCACUCAGAAGGGGGCAGAGCAGCUGGAGAAGGCCACAUCGGAGCGUCUGAAAACCACCAUUCUGGACGUCACCAGAACAGAAAGUGUUGCGGCAGUGACCGAGUGGGUGAAGAAGCAAGUGGGCAGCAAAGGUCUCUGGGGCUUAGUGAAUAAUGCCGGAGUCCUCACCCUAAUGACCCCCAAUGAGUGGCUGACCAAAGAUGACUUUAGGAAGAUGCUGGAGGUCAACCUACUUGGGGCCAUUGACGUGACUCUGCACAUGCUUCCCCUAGUGAGGAGAGCCCAAGGAAGGGUGGUCAAUGUGACCAGUGUGGCUGGAAGGGUUUCAUACAGUGGAGGAGGCUACAGUCCUUCCAAAUUUGCACUGGAGGCAUUUUCGGAUAGCCUCAGGCGUGAACUACGUCCUUUCGGAGUCAAAGUCAGCAUCAUUGAGCCGGGUGGCUUUAAAACAAACAUAGAUGAAAAUGUAAUUAGAAACCUCAAAACCCACUGGAAUGAGAUGCCUGAUGAGAUCAAAGAACUCUAUGGACAGGAUUACAUGGACAGCGGUGACAGAUACUGCUCAGUAGUCAAACUCUUCACGACUUUCAAAAAAGCAAGCAGAAACCUCUAUCCAGUCACAGACUGUAUGGAGCACGCACUGACCUCCCGUUACCCUCGCAGCCGUUAUGCUGCAGGGCAGGAUGCCAAAUUCUACUACCUCCCCCUCUCUUACUUGCCAGCCUCGCUCAUGGACUAUAUCAUGUCUUACUAUCAGCCGAGACCGGCCGGUUCUCUCUCUGGAUCAUAGAUGCUUCACAUGGCAACAUCUACAAGGGCCAAGCCCAGGAGGCGGUGAAGAACGUUGAUUAUUACUGCAAGGUGUCUUGAUUCUCCUUUUAAUCAUUGGACGGGUGGACAGCAACUGUACCUCUCAUCUCUUCCUCUCUCUGAAGGUCUCUGUGUGUAUAUAUCAAGGUAGACAAGAGGAAAGAGGGCUGAAGUAUAACACCAUGGCCCUACAGGUGGAAAAGCAUAAGCAAACACACAUGUCUUCCUGAUUCCCUUCCCAGCCCUAUCACCAUGAUUUCAGAAACACAGGUGCCAUAUAUGGCUUUGCCUUGGGCUCUGCUAUUCAGAGGGGCCAUCCCCUACAACAUCUAUUGGG